UUGAUCGCCGAGCAACACAACUAGACCUCCCCGGCAUGGCUGGACGACCGACGGGAGGCCCUCCAGGGGGCCCUUCCAAUAAUGACCUGCUGCUAGAUCUGGAAAACGACCAGCCCGUCUACAAUGGAGGGCAGCGAUCCGCCGUGACCGACGACGACCUAUUGCGAUACGACCACGACCAGCCCCAAGGCCGCCCCUCCGUUUCGUAUGAUGACUUUGUCGGCGGCGGCGGAGGAGGAGGAGGGGGAGGCAGCCACGCUCAGCAACCUUCGGCUUUAAGACCGUUACCCGGAGGUCCCACGUCGCCCACCGGCGGCGGCGGCGGCGGCGGCGCACCCCCUGGCCCCUACAUGCAAAGACACUACAGUCAAACGUCGGAACUAAACAACUACCAGCGAUACGCCGACGACUUUGACGACUACUCGGCCGAAGGCGAAUCAUAUUACCAACAGGGAGGCGCCGCGACAAGCACCAACAAUGUGGGAGAUUCGUCGGCCAGGGCCAAUGCCCGGAACCGUAACAGCGUUCUGAGCCUGGGCGGGGGCUUCUUUGGUCGGAUGAAGAACAAGCUGGGCAUGGGCCAAGGGUACUCGGAGAUGGACCUGCCUUUGACAGAGCCGGGCGGCAAUGGACGGACAGACUCCGGCAUCGACCCGCAGGCGAAGCAGGGCAAGAAGCUGGACAUGGGCAACUUCAAGUUCGGAUUCGGUCGAAGCAAGCCGGACCCCUCGACUCUGGGCCCCAGAAUGAUCCAUUUGAACAACCCGCCCGCCAACGCAGCGAACAAGUACGUCGACAACCACAUCUCGACGGCCAAGUACAACGUCGCGACCUUCCUGCCCAAGUUCCUCUUUGAGCAGUUCUCCAAAUUCGCAAACAUCUUUUUCCUGUUCACGGCCGCGUUGCAGCAGAUCCCCAACCUCUCGCCCACCAACAGGUAUACCACGAUUAUCCCGCUCUUCAUCGUGAUGAUGGUCUCUGCCGGAAAGGAGUUGGUCGAGGACUACCGCAGAAAGCAGGCCGACCACCAGCUGAACACGUCCAAGGCCCGCGUCCUGCGCGGCACCACCUUCCAGGAGACCAAGUGGAUCAACGUUUCCGUCGGCGACAUCAUCCGCGUCGAGUCCGAGGAGCCCUUCCCCGCCGAUCUGGUCCUCCUCGCGAGUUCCGAGCCCGAGGGCCUGUGCUACAUCGAAACGGCCAACCUCGAUGGAGAGACCAACUUGAAGAUCAAGCAAGCCUUGCCCGAGACCUGCACCAUGGUCAGCUCCAGCGAUCUGAGCAGGCUCGGCGGCAGGAUCAAGUCCGAGCAGCCCAACAGCAGUCUGUACACGUACGAGGCCACCCUGACGAUGCAGGCGGGCGGGGGUGAGAAGGAGUUGCCCCUGAACCCCGAACAGCUCUUGCUCCGCGGUGCCACUCUGCGCAACACUCCCUGGAUCCAUGGCGCCGUUGUCUUCACCGGCCAUGAGACGAAGCUCAUGCGCAACGCCACGGCCGCGCCCAUCAAGCGCACAAAGGUCGAAAAGAAGCUCAACAUACUCGUUCUCGUCCUCGUCGGCAUCCUCCUUGUUCUCAGCGUCAUCUGUACGGUAGGUGACCUUGUUCAGCGCAAGGUUGAGGGUGACGCCAUUUCGUACCUACAGCUCGACUCAACCGGCUCGGCCAACGACAUCAUCAGGACCUUCUUCAAGGACAUGGUCACGUACUGGGUCUUGUUCUCGUCCCUCGUGCCCAUCUCGCUCUUCGUCACCCUGGAGAUGGUCAAGUACUGGCACGGCAUUCUCAUCAACGACGACCUCGACAUCUACUACGACCGCACCGACACCCCCGCCAACUGCAGGACGUCCAGUUUGGUGGAGGAGCUCGGCAUGGUCGAGUUUGUCUUCUCCGACAAGACUGGUACCUUGACCUGCAACAUGAUGGAGUUCAAGCAGGCCUCGAUUGGCGGGAUCCAGUAUGCCGAGGAUGUGCCCGAGGACCUCAGGGCAACCAUCCAGGACGGCGUUGAAGUAGGGAUCCACGACUACAAGCGACUGGCGGAGAACCUCAAGAGCCACGAGACGGCCCCCGUCAUCGACCACUUCCUGGCCUUGCUGGCUACCUGCCACACUGUCAUUCCCGAGAGAGGCGAGGAGAAAGGCGGCAAGAUCAAGUACCAGGCGGCUUCGCCCGACGAGGGUGCCCUUGUCGAGGGCGCCGCCCAGCUUGGUUAUGUCUUUACCGAUCGCAAGCCGAGAUCCGUCUUCAUCGAGGCAGGAGGACGCGAGCUCGAGUAUGAGCUCCUGGCCGUUUGCGAGUUCAACUCCACCAGGAAGCGCAUGUCAACCAUCUACCGGUGCCCCGACGGAAAGGUCCGCGUCUACUGCAAGGGUGCCGAUACCGUCAUCCUCGAGCGCCUAAACGACCAGAACCCGCACGUCGAAGCCACCCUGCGCCACCUGGAAGAGUACGCCUCCGAGGGUCUGCGAACGCUCUGUCUCGCCAUGCGUGAGGUUCCCGAGCAAGAGUUCCAGGAAUGGUUCCAGAUCUUCGAAAAGGCCGGCAUGACCGUCGGUGGCACCCGCGCGGACGAGCUGGACAAGGCGGCCGAGAUCAUCGAACGCGACUUCUACCUCCUCGGGGCAACCGCUAUCGAAGACCGUCUUCAGGACGGCGUCCCGGAGACCAUCCACACGCUCCAGCAGGCCAGCAUCAAGGUGUGGGUGUUGACGGGCGAUCGCCAGGAGACCGCCAUCAACAUUGGCAUGAGUUGCAAGCUUCUGAGCGAGGACAUGAUGCUUCUGAUUGUCAACGAGGAAAGCGCCGAGGCGACGCGCGACAACAUUCAGAAGAAGCUCGACGCCAUCCGCACUCAAGGCGACGGCACGAUCGAGACGGAAACCCUCGCCCUCAUCAUCGACGGCAAGUCUCUGACCUACGCCUUGGAGAAGGACCUGGAGAAGCAGUUCCUCGACCUGGCCAUCAUGUGCAAGGCCGUCAUCUGCUGCCGUGUGUCCCCGCUGCAGAAGGCUCUCGUCGUCAAGCUGGUCAAGAAGUAUCAGAAGGAAUCCAUCCUCCUCGCCAUCGGCGACGGCGCGAACGACGUCUCCAUGAUCCAGGCCGCCCACAUCGGUGUCGGUAUCAGCGGCAUGGAGGGUCUCCAGGCCGCCCGGAGCGCCGACGUCUCCAUUGGCCAGUUCCGGUACCUUAGGAAGCUGUUGUUGGUGCACGGCGCCUGGAGCUACCAGCGCGUCGCCAAGACCAUUCUCUUCUCCUUUUACAAGAACAUCACAUUGUACAUGACGCAGUUCUGGUACACGUUUCAAAACGUCUUCUCUGGUGCCGUCAUCUACGAGUCUUGGACGCUCUCCUUCUAUAACGUCUUCUACACCGUCUUGCCUCCACUGGCCCUGGGCAUUCUCGAUCAGUUCAUCUCGGCGAGACUCCUCGACCGUUACCCGCAGCUGUACACCAUGGGCCAGCAAAACCAGUUCUUCAAGAUCAAGAUCUUUGCCGAAUGGGUCGCCAACGCCGUCUAUCACUCCAUCAUCCUUUACGUUUUCGGACAGCUCAUCUGGUACGGUGACCUCAUCCAGGGCGACGGGCAGAUCGCUGGUCACUGGGUCUGGGGCACGGCGCUCUACGCCGCUGUCCUUCUCACUGUGCUGGGCAAGGCGGCUCUGAUCACGAACAACUGGACAAAGUACCACGUCAUCGCCAUCCCCGGCAGCAUGCUCUUCUGGUGGGGCUUCAUCGCCCUCUACGGUACCGUCGCGCCCAUGAUCCCCUUCUCGGCCGAGUACCACGGCGUCAUCCCCAAGCUGUACAGCAGCCCCGUCUUCUGGUUGCAGACCUUCUCGUUGGCGAUUAUGUGUCUCCUGCGAGACAUUGCCUGGAAGUUCGCCAAGCGGAUGUACAUGCCGCAGACGUACCACCACAUACAAGAGAUUCAGAAGUAUAACAUUCAAGAUUACCGACCGAGGAUGGAGCAGUUCCAAAAGGCGAUUCGCAAGGUGCGCCAGGUCCAGCGCAUGCGCAAGCAGCGCGGUUACGCGUUCUCCCAAGCGGACGAGAGCCAGACGAGGGUGAUCCAAGCAUACGACACGACACAGCAUCGUGGACGGUACGGCGAGAUGGCCAGUUCGAGACCCCAGGGCAGAUAGUCGUCCCCCUUUCGCCUCCCCCCUUUUUCUCCUUUGAAAACCUCUGAUGCUGGCACCCACCGCCGCGUGCCGGGGUGGGGCAAAAGCGACGCGAAACCUAUGAUGAUUACGACUCGAGGGGGAAGGGCCGGCUGCGUUGAUUUUGAGACUCGGGGAAGGACUUAUCCCACCCCCAACGCAAUGGUAAUGCCAACGGUAGCGACGACAGCACGAUGUAAAGUUUUGUGCCUUUAUUUUCUUCUUCCUAUUUUUAUUAUUAUAUGCAUGGCUGGGAAACUUUAUCGUCAUCCGGGCACGGGAUAUUCCCAUGGGAAUGGCGUUUUUUUCUUCUUCAAAGCUAUUUUGCUCGGCUGUGCUUUUUCUGUACUACUCUGUGUAGGCUUUCUUAUUUGCUUCAGCCCUUCAUCUUGCUGUGGUGUCGUUCACUUUUGUUUCUGACAAUACGGACGCACACAAAACACAUUGGGUGAUUGGCCUACAGGGGAUUGCGUCGUUUCGAUGUGUCUCGGAGAAGGAGACGACGAAUCGAGGCGAUGGAAGAAGAAAAAAAAGAGAGGGAGAGGCGGUUGACGAGAAGAAGCCACAUGACGAUGGUGGCAGGUCCGAGGAGACAACCCAACAACGGGUAACGCAUGCGGAAUGGAAAAGAGUGGUCGUUUAUUCCCAAAAUACCUCUUUGCUUUUUAUCUCUUCCGGGGCGACGGGGCGUUCUUGGUCCAGAUACACCGCACAUGAUGAAUUGACACCCCACAUCUUCAUCACGGCUCUUUUUUUUUUUUUUGCCCUUGGCUGCUGCCUCAAUGUACACAUGCUUUAGGUCGUUGAAGACAUGUAGUUCACAGCGGACAUGACAAAACCGAGGUUGAACCCGCCAUAUUGAUAUCUAAAACUUCUACUUCUGCCGCCUCC